AAAGGUCGAAAGAGCGAAGAGCGAAUAUAACCUAACUUUUUCAUAAAGAAUUUUGUCUUUCGACGAUUUUUAUCAGCUUUAUUAAUCAAAUAAACAUUUAACUAAAAAUCAUGUCGGUGUGGAGACAAGCGGGUCUUAAUUACAUCAAUUACUCUCAAAUUGCUGCUCGUCUUCUUAGACAAGCACUCAAAGCGGAAUUUAGGGUGGAAGCUGCAAAACGUGACGAGUCAAGUAUCAAAUUUACACAAUGGAAAGAUGGAAAAGCAAUUACUGAGAAGGCUUAGGCACAAUUUUAGGAAUUAAGGAAAGAAAAUUAGGCGGCGUCUAUCAUACAGUCAAAUAGAAAAUUAUUCCUCUAAAAAAAAGAAUACAAAUUAAUUUAAGUUCAACUGUUUACCGUUAUGUAAAAUAAAUUUUCAUUUCACCACAUGAA